GAGCUCUAAGAGAUCGAUCCUAUCGAUAUCGAGAGACAGAGUCAUUCGGCAUUUGGAAGGAAAGCGCCUGUGUGCCCCUCUCUCUCUCUCUUUGAUGGCGAUACCAUGGCCGCUGACCUUCUUCAACUCCACUCGCCCUCUCUCCACAGCCCCACCAUCCGAACGAUCGCAUCUCCUUACCGGCCGUUACCUUCCAACCAUCUCACCAAUCGCCCUUUCCACUUCCCAACCUGCACUCCCCAACAAAUCCCAUCCCUUCAUCACCACUCCCACAAAACCCCACAACCGACGGCUGAAAAUCACAGCCGCCCACUUCAACUUCUCAUUCCCACUGCUCAUCUCUCCUCAAGAAUCACGAUCAUUGGGGAAUAUGGACCUCGCUCUUCACAGCUGGUGCAUUCGGCCUCUGAGAAGACGAAAGUGCGGAGCGUGCUGAGUGGCGCCCUGGUCAGCACUCUGAUGGCACUCGCCAAGACCAACCUCAACAUCAUUGCUAAUGAGGUCCCGGUGUAUUCUGUUGUCUUGGAGUAUCUGCUGCCCAUUGCCAUUCAUUUGCUGCUCUUCAGAGCAGAUCUGCGUCGCAUCCUGCAGUCCAUCGGGGUGCUGCUUUUGGUCUUCUUGCUUGGAUCAGGUCUUAAAGUCCGGUUAUGUAAAAGUGGAGAAGCUUAUGAAUGUCGAACGAUACUCCCAUGUGAUGCACAUCAGCUCCAUGGUUACGGGGGAGUUAUUGGAUCAUGUAACUAUUUGGGAUGUUGGAACAUAAUCUAUUGUUGCAAUUUGAUGUAGACCAGUGUAUUUGGAAAAGUUGCACCAGUCCUCUUUCUAGACCAGUGUAUUUGGAUGUAAGCUAUUGCAGAUUGCAAUUUGUUAUUGGUUGUGCCUAACAGAUGAAAUUCAUUUCUCUGGCCUAAUGAUCACAAUCUACGAAGGGAAACAACUUUUUGAAUUUUCUUUUUAUUUUUUAUUUUCCAAAAAAAUCCAAUUAGAUUAUUGUUUCAUGUACUUGAAGCAUUACUAUCAUUACUUAUUAACUUAAGCAUCAGAAACAGAAAAAUGAAUGAGAAUGUCUUAUUAACAUUAUAUUUGAGUAUUGGUGCAACUCUUGUGACAAUGUGCUUGCAGUCUGUAGUGCUAAAUCCUCAUCCUCUGUUUGUUGCAACUUAAAAGCAGUCCAUGGGGAUCCGUAUGUGCCGAUGAACACAGGACUUGCAUGUCAUCGACGCUGGUUGUGUAUCACCUUUGUAUUCUUUUUUACAAAAGAGUUACCAAAGAUGCACACUUGAUGUUUUUAGGAUUUGGUUCAUGAGGGAGAAGAAGUAUCUUUUCCGUCAUAGUUAUUGCUAAGUUUGUGAUAAAAACUUUCUUUGUUUUGUAACAAUUGAUGAUGAAGCUGCACGACAGUAGGUGUGUUGUCAGCUCUGCAGAUUUUGCAUGUUCCCUGUUCUGUAUAGCCUUUGGUUUGCUCAUUUAAAAUGUGGUGCUAUAUUUUGGUUUCGUAGGUUAGUUUGAGAAAAGUGUUCACAAUCAACAAUUAAUGUGAUUUUGGGAGAAGAAAACAGCCUUUUGAGUAAUUCUUAACUGAUUUGCCUGAAGCUGGUGCUUCCCUGAUGCACCAUAACCGUUGCAUGGUUACUACACCCCACGCAUCACGUAUUGUUAUAAAGAUUAAGCUUUCCACUAAAGUUGAAAUACCACUUUCUCACGUAAAGUAACCUGGAGCAUUUCUUGAAAGUCUGAAAAACAAUGAAUCUCCUUUAAAGUCUCCCAAAGUUUAGUAUUCACCUAAUUAGGAUAAAACUCCCACAUUCCUACAUAAGGUUAUCAACACCAAACAUUUACCAUAUUUGUAUUUUUCUAAAAUCAGUUUAAAUAUCAUUUCCAAACACAGGUUUCAGGAAAUACAAAACCAACCAUCCUUACAAAAGUCCUAGAAUAUGGGUGUAUGAUCCUUAUAGCCUAACCGGAAAAGAACAAUCUGUAAGUCCAAACAAAGGGACUCUGUAAGACCUUGUAAGCAUGUGACAGGAGUAAAAGUAUGUUCUGUCAACUAAAAUUUUGAAUAAGGCGAUAUUUAUGUUAUAUAUUUGUAUUUGGACCAACAUGGCAAAUUCUUUUGACAAUAUGCCGCGAAACAAAACUGAUCCAUCAACCAAACUGUAGUGUUAAAAUAUCUAAUUUUUCUU